UUUUGCAGAAAACUCCCCGGCGCAGCGAGGCGACGGCGCUCCCGUCGCCUCGCGAGACGACGGCCCCGGCUCGUGCUCCGAUGGCUUGCCGUCCGCUCGUCUCGCGUUGUACGGCGCCGCCUCCACUUGCCGACGGUGCUUGCGAUCCCAUGCUCCAGCCUCCGGUUCCCUAGCCGCGCGCACCAAAAUCCAUCCUUGGCGAAAAUAUUUCUGCUCGCGCGUUCUUCUCUCCCCUCUUUCCAUGCCCUCCUCACCACCAAAUCCCACACUGCAGCGGCGGCAGAGCAGAACAGAUGGGGAUGGGGAUGGAGCAGCAGUCGGCGGCGGUGGCGGCGCGGGAGUUCCUUGCUGCGUCGGCGGCGCAUCAGCCGAAAAAAUGCGGCUGCGGGUGCGGAAGCUCGCAACAGCGACCACGACAGCGGCGCGGGGUAGGAAGGCCGCGACGGUGCAGGAGGUGAGCGGAGCUGCAGAUGGUGAAGACCUCCCUAUGAGCGCCACGCCUUCCUUCUUCACCGGCCACCAAGCUUAUCCGCGCCCCCAAAAUCCACCGGCGGCCCUAGCUUCGCUGCCGCCCCAAGGUCCAUCAGCGGUCCAAACUUCUCGGCCACCACCCCAAGGUACUCCACUGUGCAUAGGUGACGGAAGCGAAGACUUUGGGCAAGGAUCUGAAGAUUCAGAGUUCCAUGUGUAUGCUGCCUAGAUGCCAUGUUGCUGGAUGGAUCCAUGUGUAUUUCUAACUGUUGUUCUUUCGUGAGAAUAAUGAUAUCCCUGCUAGCUGCCAAUUUAAUUUUGCCAUGGAGAUAGCGAGUACUAUUCUCUAGUGACUAGUGCUAUGUUACUUAUAACUAAUUUCUUAGCUGAUGCGAAUUGGAGCCUUAGUUGAUGUAAAUUAAAACAAAAUCUUCAUUUUGUAUAGGCUAUUGUAGAAUUCUAAGCCACCUCAUUUUGUUGA